AUGCCACCGGACGCAAAUGUGAAGCAUACCCAGCAAUCAAUAACGGAUGUUUUGUCGUCAUUAUGUGAAGGGUUGUCCCGUGAGGAAAGGCGUAAAAAGCUAUCAGAACACCUGUCUGCAACCCAAAAACAGUAUGAUGAUACACUUUCAUCGAUUGAAAAAACCAAAUCGAACAUCGAAGAGGCGAGAGUAAAAUAUGAAAACAUGAACGAUAUGAUUCGUACUCUUGAACAGCUAAAGUGCAGCUUGGAGCAACAUAUUCGGACUGUUCGACUGAAUGAAAGCUCAUUUGCGGGAACGUCGGCUGUACUUGAGUAUGAUAUGGCAAAAACUCGUACCAAUAAACUGAUCAGCGUUAUUAAGGCCCGUUCACAGUGGGAUCGAGCUAAAGAGAUACUGAAAGAGGAUGGAAAAGACGAUCAGCAGAAAAUGUAUGAAAGUCUAGCAGAUAUGCAGGCUAGUCAGGAGACUCUUGGAAAGUUUAUCUCAAAAGGGUUCGACACCAAGGAAUUCGAAGACCUUAAAGAUCGUUUCCUCGCUUGGCAAAGUGCCGCAUUGAUUUUUGCUAUACAACAAGCGGAUUUUGAGAAGUUGGCUGAAAUCCAAAAAACCUAUGAAAGUCUCGGGCGUAAGGACGAGUUCAUUUCGAUUUUCCGUCGUGUAUCGAUCAAUAGGCUACGGGAAUUCUCUUCCGAUGGCCAGUCAACACAAUCGAUCAUUGAUGCUCUGUACAAGGAACUGGAAUUCGUUUUCGAUCACCAUCACAAGGUUCUCCGACGGUUUCUCGACGACGAUGCUGCGUCCACCGUGCUUUCAGAGGCUAUUCAAGAGGGUUUAAAGGAAUUGGACCUGUCAACUCCAUUCUCUAACAUCGUUUCCGCCGAUGAGAAUCCUAUUGAACUUCUUCAGAAAACAGCUUCGUUUUUAAUCUAUCGCUCUGAAGACUCAUCGAAAAUUCCCUACCUGGCUGGGAUCUCACAACAACUCAAAACUGAAAUUGUAAAUGAUCUCAUCACACCUUUCCGUAGCGCCUUAACUACAUAUGUAUUGUCGAAGAUCAACACGAUCGAUUUGACAAGUGGCUCGUUCCGAGCGCGUGUGGAAUCGCUCAAAACGGCGAUUGUUGAACUUCUCCACCUCCUUGCCGACGUUUUCGUUCAUAGCGAAGUUCUUUUUGGCCAUGAUGUUAAGAAGGUAGUGCAGCAGCCAAUUGACAAAUGCCUAGAGAACUUCUUGGCCAAAUUGAAGUCGUGGGAGUAUGGAGUGGACAGCCAGAAACGUCCUCGUUCACUUGAAGAUGCCAUUGCAGUGUGCUCAGCUUCUGGCCAGCUAGUGUUCGGUCUUCAAGAGUUCAAAGCGAUGGUGUCCAAUACGGAACCAACACUUUCUCCGAACAUCAAGUCGGCCUUGAAAUGGAAUCGAGGAGUUUGUGAUUUUGUGAUGAAAUCGGCGAUCGAUCGAGUGGUUCCGAAGAUGACGUCGAAAAUGGAAGAAAUUAAAUCAAAAUCUACAAAGGAUUCUCGUGUGGCCAAUCUUCCUGCGUUCAGUACAUCACCUCAUGAGUACAUCACGACAACAGGGCAGCAGUUUUUCCUUGACGACAACGUCGUCCAUUCAUUUUAUAUUGCCUUAAAGAGGAAGUUCGAUGGUGACGAAUUGUUCAAGAAGACCGUUGCCGAUGUGGCGAAUAGCGUCAUUGCUAGUUUCGUUUCAACAGUUGGUGACCCGUCCACCUUUUCCAAAGACGUCGCCAGGCAGUUCUACGCUGACACUCUUUUCCUCAAGGACGCUUUUGAAGAUCUGAGGACCGGCAAUGUAGAACAGCUGGAGGCAUUGGAGGUGAAACUGAAGAAUGUGCUCAAGGUGUAG